GUGACUCUGGCUUCCAUGUGUCCGCCAGGUCGUUCUUAUCGCAUCAUUAGCUGCUAAACGCAAAAGAGAGGAAAAAAAGAGGGGACUACGAAAGCACACCAUGGCCGAGACCGAACGCUUCGCGGCCAUCAAGGCAGCGCCCGCCGCGGACAGGCAGGGGGAAUCCGAGAUGGACGACAAGGAACGCAGUAGCCUUGACCUGGAGAAGCAGGCGCCAGCGGCAGCGGCAGCGGACCGCCCCGCCCUCGAGCACACCAUCAGCCAUGUCUCGACUCACGACAUGGCCGCUCCGGCCACCAACCCCGAGUCGAGCGACGAGAUCUACGGCAAGUUCUCGCCCGCCAGGAAGAGGGCCAUCACAGCCGUGCUGUCGUUUUGUGGUUUCCUGGCGCCCGUCUCGUCGACGACCGUCUUGUCGGCCAUCCCAGAGGUCGCGCACAACUUCCACACCUCCGGCACCAUCAUUAACCUGAGUAAUGCCUUGUACAUGCUUUUCAUGGGCAUCAGCCCCAUGUUCUGGGGGCCAAUCGGCCAGGUGUAUGGUAGAAGAUGGGCUUCGAUCGGCAGCGCCGUGCUCUUCACAGCCUUUUCCGUCGGAACGUCCCUAGCGCCAAACCUAGCGGCCUACUUUAUCUUUCGCAUCCUUACCGCUAUACAGGGCACGUCAUUUUUGAUAAUAGGGUCCAGUUGCAUAGGCGACAUCUACAAGCCGACGGAGCGCGGGACGGCGCUGGCCUGGUUCCUCAGCGGCACCCUGGUCGGACCGGCCAUUGCUCCUUUUCUUGGAGGCAUCAUCGUCACGUUCUGUACGUGGCGCGACAUCUUUUGGCUACAGACGGCGCUGGGUGGAUUCGGCUCGGUCAUGCUCAUCUUCUUAUUGCCGGAGACGAGCCACUAUAAGCGGUCGGUGGAGCUGGAGGGCAUGCCCGCGAAGAAACAGGCAGCCAAGCUGUGGGAAUGGAUGAACCCGCUGCGCGUCAUCAAGCUCUACCGAUACCCCAAUUUGAUCACGGUGGGUCUCGCUUCGUCGUCGCUCGUGUGGAACAUGUACUCGCUGCUCACGCCGAUCCGGUACGUGCUGAACCCGCGCUUCCAUCUGACGACGCCCAUCCAGUCCGGGCUGUUCUACCUGGCGCCGGGGUGCGGGUACCUGUUCGGGACGUUCUUCGGGGGGCGGUGGGCGGACCGGGUGGUGCGGCGAUGGAUGGGGAAGCGGAACGGCGAGCGGGUGCCCGAGGACCGGCUGCGCUCGUCGCUUACAGCCAUGGGCGCCGUCAUCCCCGGCUGCAUCCUCAUCUACGGCUGGAGCAUCGACCAGGCCAAGGGCGGCAUCCCGCUCGCCGUCAUCUGCAUGUUCGUCCAGGGCGUGGCCCAGCUCUUCUGCUUCCCCAGCCUCAACACCUACUGCCUCGACGUCAUGCAGAGCCACAGCGCAGAGGUCAUUGCCGGCAACUACGUCGUGCGCUACGUCUUCGCCGCCCUCGGCUCCGCCCUCUGCCUCCCGGCCAUUGAGAAGAUUGGCGUCGGCUGGUUCUCCACCAUCUCGUCGGGCUUCCUCGUCUCGGCCGCGGCCAUGGUUUGGCUGACGACCGUGUACGGGCGCGGCUGGCGCGAUGCCGUCAACGCGAAGAUUGAGGCCAAGCAAAUGGCCAAGAAAGAGCGCCAGGAGAGCGUUAGUGAAGACGACGCGUAAGCUGUUGUAGGGUUUUCUUUGAAAGUGAGUUUGUUGACUGAGGAGAAAAAGCUAGGGAAGCUCUGAAGAACAUGAUGGCAGCUGCGCUGACUAAUACUGCUAUAGCUUAUGGGUGUACGGGAACAGGGAAGCUGCGUCCGGGGCGGAGGUCUCUUUCUACCUAGACACGCACCUAGGUACCUUGACUGAUAAUGCCACGAAUCGAUG